AUGAGUCUUCAGAGACUAUACAUUGCUCAGGUACAGAUAUGUGAAGUGUUCUCAAAAGACACAAGUACAGUACUGUUGACAGACGAAACAUCAAAGUUUUCAUCCAAAUUCAUGGGAUAUGAAGCGGCAGACUCUAAUGGCAAUUUAUGGGUAUUGGGACUUAGAGAUAUAGAAACAAAGUCUGCGUCAGACACACUGAAAGUCUUCAAACAGAUACUGCAAGAUCUUGAUGAGAAAAGCUCUGAAGAAGGCAGUGAAACUUCACGAAAGAUAGUAAGCCAUAUUGUUGCCACUAUGUCAGACCGAGCCGCAACUGAAGUUAAAUUCAACAGUCUUCUGUAUGACUUCAGAAAAGAAGUACUACCUCUAACUUGCCAGAAUUACGAUCAAUUCAGUGAAGCUGAGAAAUCCGCUUUGGAAAGCAUGUGCAACUUCUUCUGUGGCCUUCAUUCACUAGUGAAUUUUGCUGAGGCAUCCAGGUCUAGUAUUAAAGAAACUGAAGUUAAAAUAUUUGAUGGGGAAACACCUUCUUACAGCAAGAGAGAUUUUGAUUCUGAUCCAGGGGUAUGCCGUUUAGUUCGCACUGCUUCAAAGGCCUUUGGAGUUGGGUCAGGAGGAGAUGAAAAAAGCGGGUGCCAAGGCCAUUUUAAAACAUUUGCAUCAGAGUUCUUACAGGAACAUGGAAUGCGUAAUGUGCCAUUAAAGUGUUACAGGGGAACUAGGUUUAACAUACUAUUUUCAAAUGCAGCUGCUGUGUUCUUCCUCCAGCCAGUAAUGAAGGACUUCUUAGAAAAGUUUGGUGCUAGCAACAAAUUGUUACAAUCUGUGUUGUUUGAUCUGAAAACACCCGAGUUUGUUGCUGGAGUAAAGGCAUUAGGCUUGAUAAGCAAACUCGUGACAUGUCCAUUGUGGACUUUAUUAGAAGAUAAAGAUAUCUCGAUAACUGAUAUGAAUGUGAAGUAUCUUCAGCUUGUCACAUUUCUUGAUGACUCCUCCAAAAAUAUCCAGUCAUUUAUGAAUGGAGAACUUCUUGUUUUUGGUGAUAAUACAUACAUUGAAAAAGAUGAAAUUUACAAUUCCCUUGUGACUUCGGACCAGUAUGACAACAUCGUCGAGGUAUUUCUGCAGGUGUUACUUCCAACCUUGUGUACAGUCAGUAAAAAACUCUUUGUAGACCAUUUACCUGGAGGGAAGUUAACUGGACUCUCUGAUGAAAUGAAAGAUAAAGUUAAGAAUGCUCCAAAAACAUCAUGUUAUGCUGAAAGCGUCUUUGGACAGCUGGAUCAUCUGUUGCGCACAAAACCCAAUAUGAGUACACUUGCUGCAGAAGCUUGCAUCAUGUUCUUAAAUAAUAAAACUGUUGACUGGUUGAACUCGAGAAAUGAAAAAGAAAAACAUGAGUUGAUUAAGAAGGCUUCAAAAUCCGUGAAAACAAUGCGCCAGAAUUAUAAACGCAGGUUGAAUGAAAUUGAAGAGCAAAGGAGAAUUACAGUUGCCGAACAGAUUCGUAAAAAAGAAGCUGCGAGACAGGAAAAACUUAGACAGCAAGAAGAAUACACAAAGGAAAUAAUCAAUUAUGGUUUAUGGCAAAGUGAUUCAGAGGUUGACAAUAUGCUGUUGUCAUACAAGAAAGAUGGUGAUAAAAUAAAAGCUCUAAAAGCACAGCUUAGAUUUAGGAAAAAUGUCCUGCAUCAAAUUCCAAGUGACAAGUCAAAGUUUAAUUUCUCCAAAAAAGGCAAAGACUUUACUGUUAAUGAAUUAACUGCAAAUCUGAAAGAGCUUGUGACACAGGCUAUUGUGGCAGAUGAUGAUAGUCAGAAGCACAUCUUGGUAGGGAAAAGAGUGAGGCACCGAUUUAUUAAAGAUGGCCAGUCCGAGUGGUACACAGGGAAAGUAAUUUCACAGGUAUUUGCAUGCAGAUGUUGUCUGACAAACCCUUUUAACUUAUCUUCCAAGCACUUCUAA